AUGUCUUUUAUUAAACAUGGAGAUAUUAUUACUCGGACUUUAUCAUUUAAAAUCUGGAUUCCAUUUAGCAGACUCACGUAUUGUGCUUAUCUUUUACAUCCUGUCAUCAUACGAUCGAUUUACUUAAGCCGUGAAACAACAGUUCACUUUGAAUUUUUAUUUAUAAUGGUUAUGGGUGUGGGAUAUAUUGUGAUUAGUUAUUUUUGCUCCUAUAUAUUGUCUGUGAUGGUAGAAAUACCUUAUAUCUUGUUGAUGCGAAUGUUCAUUCAAUAUCGUAUUAUAAAUAAAUAUAAGAUGUUUGAUAUAAAAAUAUCGUAA